AUGGACAAAAAAAAAUUUUUGGACAGAAUUUGCCAAAAUAAAGUCUUCCUCUUGGAGACUUUAUCUGUAGAGCAUGAUCUAAUCUUGCAAUAUGUGCAGCAGGCUAAACUUAUUACUCAGCGUGACUACACAAAUCUCUCCGAUAUUCCUGAAAAAGAGAGGAGAGUCAUCAAACUACUUGACAAAAUCAUGGGAAAAGGGGAGGAAAUAUGUCGCCAAUUCAUAGACCUUUUAGGACAGGAUCAUAUGUUGGAAAAUUUUCCAGCAUUAAAGAAUCAUGCCAUUUUGGCUUGUCAAUUGCAAGAGGUGACUGCAUACAAGAUGACACGAAUUCCACGUGGUAUCUGCAUAAUCAUCAAUAAUGUACAAUUUAUGAACUUGCCUGAAAGAAGGGGAUCAGAUGAGGACCAAAACUAUCUUGACAGAGUUUUCCGCUGGCUGGGGUUUGAGGUGGUAAAACACAGAAAUACAACUGCAGCUGAAAUGACAAUACUUCUGGAAGACCUGGGGCAGACAGUAGAUGGAGACUGCUUUGUAUGCUGUGUCCUCUCCCAUGGCAGUAAUGGAGGAGUCUGUGGAACUGAUGGCAGUUGUGUUUCUGUUAAUGAAAUACGGAGGCCAUUUACUGGCGUUAACUGCCAGAGGCUAGCCGGCAAGCCCAAACUGUUUUUUAUACAGGCAUGUCGUUAUGGUGGCUCUUACCAAGAAAGUUAUGGGGGGUCCGAGAUGGAGGUGGACACAGAUUUCCUUAUUGCCAGGGCAACCACUGACGGCCACAUGUCUUUUAGAAAGAAAGAUGGCACCCUUUUUAUUCAGUCACUUUGCCAAAACCUAGAGAAACUUUGUCCAAUGGGUACCGACAUCCAGACAAUCCUGCUUUCUGUGAAUAAGGAUGUAAGCAGUAAGGAAAUGAUUAAUAGGAAACAAAUGCCUAUUUAUGAAGUUGCCCUGACGAAGAAAUUGAUCCUGCGGCCAGUUAGCCACUGA